AUGGAUCUUUUGAUUAAAGUGAAGAAGGGCGUCCAAAACAAGGCUCAGCAAGAGGAACUGCUUCCAACAUCACGUAACAAUUCAAACUAUGGAGAUGAAGAGCAGAAGAAGAACUCAUUUGUACCCAAAAGAAGGAAAACACUAAGCAGCUUAAUGAAGCUUACAGUAUUUUCACUGCUUAUAAUUAUAGUAUAUAUAUUCUGGGGAUCCUCUUUGACUGAAAUGACAUCUAAAUAUGACUCAGUAACAAAUUUGCAUGCAGGCCAAAACACCAAGACAGCGUCUUAUAAAACUAAACAAUUGACUGAAAAUGAGUAUUACGACCAUGAUUUCGAAGAUAUCGAGCCUGCUGUAGUUAAAAAAUUUGAUAAUGGUGUUCAGCACUACCUGAUUUCUCAAUAUGGAACAGAUGUACUAACACCUUCGGAUAAUGAAGUGUAUGCAAAAGAGUUACAAAUGGUACUUGAUGCUUCUGUUGAAAAAUACGACCUAAGUACAUUCACUGGAUCCAGCAACGGGGCUACUAAUCGUGAUCACUUAUUACUCUGUGUUCCUCUAAGAGAUGCAGAACAUGUCCUACCUUUGAUGUUCAAGCAUCUAAUGAAUUUGACAUACCCACAUGAACUAAUAGAUUUAGCAUUUCUAGUGAGUGAUUGUUCAGAGGGAGAUCGUACUUUAGAUGCUCUACUCGCUUAUUCUAAACAUUUACAAAAUGGUACAUUAUCACAAGUAUUUACAGAAAUGGAUCAAUAUGAAAUGGACCAUUCUAAGAAAAGUAAGGGGACAAAGAAUUUACACUUGAAAUAUAUGAAUCCGGAUUAUUUAAAGUUAGUCGAUACUUCUUUUAAAAAAAGAAAGCAUUCCAAUUACGAUAAACCCUUCCGUUCCAUUCAAGUCUUUCAAAAAGAUUUUGGUCAAAUUAUUGGACAAGGUUUCAGUGACCGACAUGCUGUAAAAGUACAAGGUAUUAGAAGAAAACUAAUGGGGAGAGCAAGAAAUUGGUUGAUGGCAAAUGCCUUAAAACCGUAUCAUGCAUGGGUGUAUUGGAGAGAUGCAGAUAUUGAAUUAUGCCCUGGAUCAGUCAUCGAAGAUUUAAUGUCUAAGGAUUAUGAUGUUAUUGUUCCUAAUGUUUGGAGACCUCUUCCGGAAUUCUUGGAUGGUGAACAACCAUAUGAUUUAAAUUCUUGGAUAGAAUCAGAUGAAGCAUUAAAGCUUGCCAAGACGUUGGAUGAAGACGAUGUUAUUGUUGAAGGUUAUGCAGAAUAUCCUACGUGGAGAGUGCACUUGGCAUACAUCCGUGAUGCAGCCGGGGAUCCAAACGAAGUUGUCGAUUUGGAUGGUGUUGGUGGAGUCUCCAUUCUAGCAAAGGCCAAAAUAUUUAGAAGCGGUGUUCAAUUUCCUGCAUUUACGUUUGAAAAUCAUGCUGAAACGGAAGCAUUCGGUAAGAUGGCAAGAAAAAUGGGGUUCAGAGUUGGUGGUUUACCUCAUUAUACGAUCUGGCAUAUAUACGAGCCAAGCGAUGACGAUCUAAUGGAGAUCGCAAAUAAGGAAAGACAAAAUAAACGAGGGUAA